AUGGCCCCUAGCGCAUCUGGCGCUGGGUUCGCCAAAUUCUUUCCGGCCGCCCCUCGCGCCGCACGAGAAAAGGCUGCCGAAAGGGAAAGAGCAAAAUCGCGAGUCUCAGAGGGCAGCGCCGACCGCGAUGCGAGAACACCAUCUAUCAAUGCCUCUACCACCUCACAGCCUGCUCAACGCGAUGGUAUAAAACCCGAAAACUCGUCCUCUUCUGAUGCCGCGCACCUCCACGUUGAUGAUACCGAAUCUAUACAAGGAGAUAUGCUCAACGGCAUUGGCUCCGCGAGCUCUCAUGCCAGCACAGCUUCGUCCGUGUUCAGCCAUGCUUCGGCCGUGAACGCCUCAACACAUGCCUUCAACAGCGAUCUGACGCCGCUCACCAAUGUUGGCUCCCCUUCCAACCCUUCUCACAAUACCACAAAAAUACAGCAUAGCAAGCCGUCUCAACCCAACGGGACGGCCAAUGACUCGACACAGUCCUCUUCGGAGUCCAUAUCAAUAUCACGCCGGACAGGCGCCGCCGUCCGCAUCCCGGCACGAGAUCCCACCCGCCAGACACAAGGAAUGAAGCGGACCUUCGAUCCAUUGAUUGACAAGAGUUUAUCUUCGGCCGAGAGGAAAUCAGCGAAGCCAACAUACAAGCCCUUCGGUGCGGCAGAUGACGUCCCCCCAACGGAUCCGCGCUUGGCCAGAGGCAGUCGCCUUGAUUACAUCAAUGUCGACUUUCAUUUGCCCAAGGCGAGGUUGCGACAAACUCCGUACGCCCUCAAACCGUAUGCAUAUGAUGCCGCCACGUCCAUUGGACCUGGGCCGCCAACCCAGAUCGUAGUCAGCGGCUUUGACCCAUUGAUCGCAUUUUCAAAAGUGACCACCCUCUUCGCCAGUUGUGGUGAGAUCGCCGAGAGCAGUAACAAGAUGCACCCGGAAACGGGCAUCUAUCUUGGCUUCGCUACAUUUCGCUAUAGAGAUUCCAAGCCGCAUCCCAGCCGACGCGGCGGAAUGGCAGUCUCGGCCAUCGAUGCUGCCAAGCGGGCUGUGCGCCAUUUGAACGGUCGACGAAUUGAAACGAACACCAUCAAAGUAGACUUUGACCGUGACGGCAAGAAAAGCCGUGUGAUGCUUGAAGAGGUACUCAAGAAAGCAGAACAAGAAGCGCGGCAAGCUCGCGAUGCACAAGCUGCCAAGUCCAUAUCAAUCGCAUCAGCCCCGACAGCGCCCAAGCCAAAGGCCAUUGAUGGUUUCGCCCGACCACCGCCGACUGCGCCCCGGGGGCCGGCCGCGCAUCGACAGCCAGUCGCUCCUGUAGAACCAACAUUAACGCCGACUGCGCCCGGGAGACCGCGACCUUUGAUCGAACAGGUUCUUGUCUCAACAACCCUCCAGGGCGAGCCCUACAUAUUCAUACCCGACAGUAGCGUUCCGAUCAUGCCAACUACGGUGGCUCAUAUGAAGAAGAGACUUAAGUCGUUUGCCUUCGAUGACAUUCGUGCCGAUCGUACCGGAUACUAUGUUCUUUUCGCCAACACUAACAGUGGCCGCGAAGAAGCAUACCGAUGCUAUAGGUCAGCAGAUGGUAGUGCCUUCUUCACCUAUACUAUGCGUAUGCAACUCAGGACUGGAACGAUCCCCUCAUCGCGAACUCUGAAGGCCUCGGAACCAUCUAAGCGAGUCGAGCCCGAAAGAAAAUCAGCACCAGAAGUGAGGCAUCGGAGCGAACGGGAACAACGGCGUCGAGAUGAGGAAGCUGUACUGAAAGAAGAAAAGGAGCAGCGCGCCAAGGACUUUGACCCUGUAUUGGAAGCUGUCGCGUUAGUGAGCCGUGAAAUGAAGGAACAUCUGAUCAGGCAUAUUCGUACAAAGGUCGCAGCCCCAGCUUUGUAUAACUUUCUGGAUCCUGCCAACCAUGCUUCGAAACGACGGAAGCUAAACCUUGAGGAGUUGCCGACGACAAACCGCUCGUUUAGCUCGACUCGAGCAGCAGACGAUGGCAGCGCCACACCAGUAGGAACACCAAACUCGAGAGCAGACCCAAUUGAGCGCCGCACAGCUCGACUUGAUGUUGCUACGCUUCCUCGGAUUCGCAAGGCAAAGGGCCAGCUCGCCGCACAACGUAACCACGGCUUCCUGGAUCCCUUUGCGCGCAAGCGUGCCAAGCCAGGACACAAUGCCUUCCGCGGUCUGUAUCACCGUUUGGAGCCAGACAGCGACGAUGAGGCUUCUGGAGACGAAACAGAGAAUCGCGACUCUGUGGCGCGGGAAACUGAAGAGCCCGAGUCUAGGCCACGCAGUCGCAUGAGCACCGACGAGGACGCUUUCAAGGAAGAAGACGAUUCUUUGACAGAAGCCAGCUUUGCGGUCAGCGAUGUGCCUACACGAACCAAGAAGAGGAAACUCGUAUUGCAAGUUGAAGCAGCCAUCAAGCGCCAGAAGAAGACUGACGAGGAGCUCUUUGGGGUCACUAUUGACACCUUGGAAACCGAAUUUCCGGGUUCCAAUGCGGUCGAGGAUAUUAUCGUUCCCGAUAUGGAUGCAGAAGAUGAGAAGACACCAGACCCCAACCUAUUAUCAGUCGACUCGGCGAUGAAGGGCAAGAAGAAACCUCUCCUCACAAAGGGGAAGAAGAAGUCCAAGAAGCAAAUUUUCGAAGAGAGAGAAGCCCUCAAGAGGGCUCAACAAGACGCAUAUGUCGAAGAGGUUUUGGAGCAGACGGAGACGGAGGAAGCGACUGAACCCGAGGACAAGACGCAAGACCUGAAGCAAGAAGUCGCCGAGCCCGAGCAGCCUUUGGUCCGCGAUGAACGAUACUCGGAUACCGUCGUUGCUGCGAUGGAGCUGCCGAGUGAUUUCAAAUUCGGAAUCCAGUCAAUGCAGAGCCUUUCUUUGGAGGACAAGGACCAAGCGGAUCUUGCCAAGCUAAAGAAGAAGUUCAAAGUUGCCGACAUUGGCGACCCGAGGUUAUGGACGUGGCGGCAUGAUCGGAUACGUGCACUCAAUGCACCUGCUCAGGCUGAACCUACAGAACCAUUGGUCAUUGAAGGCUACUAUGUGCCCAAUUCCACUGGCAGCGCUCGGACAGAAGGCGUCAAGAAAAUACUUAAUUCGGAAAAGUCCAAGUAUCUGCCUCACCACCUUAAAGUCCAGAGAGCAAGGGAAGAAAGAGAAGCACGUGCUGCAAAGAAGGAUGGCAAAGACACUGUCGCCGCAGCUGCAGAAGCUGCAAGGCUUGCUGCUGAGAAGCUCGUUGCCAAAGGCAACUCACGAGCCAACCGUGUCAACAACCGACGUUUUGUGGCCGAUCUCAACGAUCAGAAACGAACGCUGGGUCAAGAUUCUGAUGUCCUUCGGUUCAACCAGCUUAAGAAGCGCAAAAAGCCCGUCAAGUUUGCUCGCUCAGCGAUCCACAAUUGGGGUCUUUAUGCUAUGGAGAACAUCAACAAGGACGACAUGAUUAUUGAGUAUGUCGGCGAGGAAGUCCGCCAGCAAAUUGCCGAAUUGCGCGAGAAUCGUUAUCUCAAGAGUGGUAUUGGCAGUAGUUACCUCUUCAGAAUCGAUGACAACACUGUCAUUGAUGCUACAAAGAAGGGUGGCAUUGCCCGGUUUAUCAACCACAGCUGCAUGCCGAAUUGUACAGCCAAGAUCAUCAAGGUCGAGGGCAGCAAGCGCAUUGUCAUCUAUGCUUUGCGCGACAUUGCUCAGAACGAGGAGUUGACCUACGACUACAAGUUUGAGCGUGAAAUUGGUAGCUUGGACCGCAUCCCCUGUUUGUGCGGUACAGCUGCUUGCAAGGGCUUCCUCAACUGA